ACAAACAUAUGAACGAGAGGAAGCACUGGGAGCUUAGGAAAAGGCAAAGGAGCAGUACUCCGAAAGAGCUGCUUCUCACUAGGAAAGAUGUGACGUGUGUUCUCUAGGCUUUUUUUUUGACUCGGUUGCAGUCUCUGAUCUUCUCCCAGUCCAGCCAGCAGGAUAAUCCCAGUAAACCCCUCAGCCUGGGGACCACUAGUUAGGUCCUCAGAGCAGUUUGGUUGUCAAGAUAAUCGGGCGUGACAGAAUUGUGGAUUGAAGAUCUGCUCCAAAACCAUCGUCCCACCCUUCUUAACUUGUCGCUGUUGUCGUGAAGCAGAGUGUUUGGAUCUUUUCGGCUCUUACUUCUGACUUGCAGCUCGGCAAUCGACUAGUUUCAGACUGUGAUGAACUUCAGGAUGAAGAGGGGUCCAUUUGGCUUGGGACUGGGUAGCCGCCUGGCACUGUGGUGUGGGCUUGUUCUGCUGGGCAGCUCGAGCCCCGCUGACCUGGCGGUGUGUCCUCCCGACUGUCGCUGCCCAAAGUCACGGCCGUGCCCUCCGGGUGUGUCUCUGGUUCUGGAUGACUGCGGCUGCUGUUGGGUUUGUGCCCGGCAGUUCAACAAGGACUGCAGCACACUGCGACCCUGUGACCAUGACCACGGGCUCCGUUGCCAAUUCAAAGCAAAUCUGAAUGCCACAACGGGAAUCUGCAGAGCCAGCAGCCCAGGACGGCCUUGUCUCAUGAAUGGGAGAGUCCACCAGCACGGCGAGAUCUUCAAGCAGACCUGUCGGCUUCAGUGCACCUGCAAGGAUGGUAAAGUUAGCUGCACCCCCCUCUGCCCCUCGCACCUGUCUCUGCCACCCGCCUUCUGCAAAGAUGCUCAACUGGUCAAGUUGCCCGGCACCUGCUGUGAGAGGUGGAAGUGCACAUCAACCUACUCCAAGGACGACAUGGCACUGAAAAUGGGCAAGUGGAAGGAGAUAGUCAUGGCCGCAGGCAAGGUGGCCAAGCAGCGGAAAGCAGUCCACAAGCCGAGAGUUUUCGAGAGACAAAGCUCCAGCCGUCCCGACUGCCAAGUCAGAAGCACAAUGUGGUCGCCAUGUUCACAGACUUGUGGCAUGGGCAUUUCCACUAGACUGAGCACCAACAACACCUGGUGUCAACCAAAACAGGAGACCAGACUGUGCCAAAUACGGUCCUGCCAUAUGCUCAAUGAUGUCCAUCUCAAGGCAGACAGUAAGUGCCAGAAGAGCGUAAAGGAGCUGGAGCCCAGGCAUUUUAUCUACCAAGGGUGCACCAGCCUGAGGAAAUACAAGCCCAAGUACUGCGGCCUGUGCACGGACGGGCGCUGCUGCCGGCCUGUGGAGACCAGGACCACGAAGGUGCGUUUCCGCUGCCUGAUCAGAGGAACCAUCGUCAAAGAUGUCAUGAAAAUCAAAAGGUGCGAAUGCAACCAGCACUGCCACCAACAGAGUGCCCAAUACUGGUCGGAUGAUGGGGCGCUCAGUGAGUCAAUCAACUGGCUGACGGGUGCCGAGGGAACCCAGGACAACUUCUGAACGCAGGUUGGAUGCCAGGGCAGACCUCGACUCUGGGUUGGCACCCAGAUGUGAAAUAGCAGGAGGAGUGCCUGCUGCCCUCUAUGAUGGAGGACUCUGACACUGCAAUACCACCCCCACCCUCGCAUAUCACUGCUCAGCCUCCAGUUCACCUUCGAUGUCAAUGUUAGCCACUUUUUAAAGAUGCCUUUUUAGAAGCUAGGGUCAAUAAUGUGCCUGACAAUUAAAUGUGUUCAUUGUAGUUUAAAAAAACUCACUUUAAGACGAUGUACACAACAGCCUGAUGCUGAGGAGCUAGAGUGUAAAAAUAAACUCCACAGGGAGCUGUGAGUGGUUCAAAACUAUUCACAGUGCCUUUGUUUGAAGGCAGCCAAAUAUUUUAACUGAGUUGAAAUUCACACCUCCCCUUCAUACCAUGUUAAAAACAAGCAUUCAGUAUCCAGUUCUUAGUGAGUUUGCUUUGAGGUGUUUCACAAGGCUUAAGCCAUCGAACAGAUUGCUGAACACAAGCAACCAGUGGCGCCUUAUCAUAGUCAAUAAACUGUUCCCCAGAUAGCUAGUGUCCACACCCACUGGCAUGUAUACCCGCCCUGGCACUCAUGAACCAAAUUCCCAGCUAUGGAUGAACAGCACCACUGCUUUGUGGGUACCCUGGGAGAGCUGAAGGUUAAGGGAGCUAAACCCUGACAAAAAGCGGAGUCCAAAGGCAAAUUGAUGUCAAAAACCUGUCAUCUUUCUGGCAACUCCUACAACCCAAACUGGUGCCAAACAUAGGGUUUUGUGUCUCUUGGUCUCCAACCGGGGAGGUCAAAGGAGUUGGGGGGGGGGGGGGGGAUGCUGCUGUUUGGUCAGACCAGGGUCUCCAAAAAUUUUAUCCAGCCUUGCCUCCUGGAGACGGUUGCACAUCACUCACAUUCUGAGAUGGGGUGCAAGAAAAAGGCUCAGCAUUAUGCAGUGCAGUUAGAGGCCAUUCAGUCCCUCAAUCCUGUGUUGGUUUUUUGUAAGAACUAUCUCUUGCCAAAUUGAGAACAGGGGUGGACAGAUUAAUUGGCUGGUGUUUCUUCCUACACUGAAAAUGAAUUGUGUGUCUCAAUAACCUGCCACAUUUAUUAAACACAACACAGAAAUUUCCAGAAAAAUACACUCCUGCUUUGUUUUGGGAGGGGUUUCUGAGGUCAGGUUUACAAUUUUAGAAACUUCCGGACACUUUGCUCUGCGUCUGUCCAGUCUAAUCUGAAACUGUACAGGUGAUGGAAGAGCUCUCUCUUCCAGGGGUUAUGGUGAAUUUUUAACAUUAUUAAGGACCUUCCCCCUCAGGCAAGAUGAGGUAGGGGGGCUUGUGUGGAGCAUGAAUCCCAGCAUGCACCAGCUGGGCUGAGUGGCCUGUUACUGCGCUGUCACAUUAUGUGUAACUCUAUGUAAUGCUUUGUAAUUCCAUAUAAUCCCAAUUUAUAAAACUCACUAAUAAAUCCAAUAAGGAAUUCAGGAGAGGCUCCUAUGAACAAUAAUAACAUACAGAUUAGGGGGCAGGAAUGGGCCAUUCAGACCUCUGAGCCUUCUCCGCCAUCCAAUAGGAACGUGACUGACCUGACUGUGGCCCCAACUUCACAUUCCGCUGAUCCCCGAUAAUCCCUGGCUCCCUUGCUAAUAAAGGAUCCAUCUACCUCUGCCAUAAAAAAUAUUCAAUGAUUCUGCCUCUAUUGCUCUCUGGAAAAGAGAUUUCCAAAGACUCAUGACUCUUUUGAGAGAAAAACUUUCUCCUCAUCUUCAUCUUAAAUGGGAGACCCCUUAUUUUUAAACUGUGUCCCCCUAGCUCUAGUCUCUCCCACAAGGGGGACAUCCUCUCAGCAUCCACCCUGUCAAUCCCCUCAGGAUCUUAUAUGUUUCAGUAAGAUCACUUCUCAAUCGUCUAAACUUUAAUGGGUACAGGCCCAAUCUGUCCAACCUUUUCUCAAAAAAUAAACCACCCCCCCUCCCCCCAUCCCAGGUAUCAGCCGAGUGAACCUUCUCCGAACUGCUUCUAACGCAUUAAUAUCCUUUCUUAAAUAAAGAGACCAAAACAGUACACCGUACAUAUGUGGUCUCAACAACAUUCUGUACAGCUGUAGCAAAGCUUCCCUACUUUCAUAUUCCACCCCCCUUGCAAUAAAUUACAACAUUGCUUUUGCCUUCCUCAUCACAAAUUAAUUAAAUGUAAACCCCACCGGCUGCUAUUGGUGGAAUUUGAACCCAUGACCCCCACCAGACCAUUAGCCUCAGCGUCUGGAUUACUGAGCUAUAGCAAUGGGACAAAGUUUGACAGAGUGUGGUUAGAAUGUAGAACUCGCUACCGCAAGAAGUAAAGUUAAAACGCGCUGCUGCGUUGAGAGAGGAAUCUAGAUAAGUACAUGAGGGAGAAAGGAAUAGAAGGAUAUGCUGACGAGCUGAGAUGAAGUUGGGUGGGAGCAAACAGAUGUGGAUCAUGGACUUAUUGCGCCGGAUGGUGUGUUUCUGUGAUGUAAAAAUUUUAUGUAAUGCCACGCUACAUUGUGUAAUUCUAUGUAAUCCCGGUAAUAAAUGGGAUCGAAUUAA